GGGACUAACUCAUGAAGAACAAGGGUGCCAAGCAGAAGCUGAAACGAAAGGGAGCCGCCAGUGCCUUUGGCUGUGACCUGACCGAGUAUCUGGAAAGCUCAGGACAGGAUGUUCCAUAUGUAUUGAAGAGCUGUGCAGAAUUUAUAGAGACUCAUGGCAUUGUGGAUGGAAUUUAUCGGCUUUCAGGAGUCACCUCAAAUAUACAAAAGCUAAGGCAAGAGUUUGGCUCAGAUCAAUGUCCAGAUCUGACAAGGGAAGUGUACCUCCAGGACAUCCACUGUGUGGGCUCACUCUGCAAGCUCUACUUUAGGGAGCUGCCCAACCCCCUCCUGACUUAUGAGCUCUAUGAGAAAUUCACGGAGGCAGUGUCACCUUGCCCGGAAGAAGGCCAACUGGCCCGCAUCCAGAAUGUCAUCCAGGAGCUUCCCCCAUCCCAUUAUAGGACCUUGGAAUACCUGAUUCGACACCUGGCCCACAUUGCCUCCUUCAGCAGCAAGACCAACAUGCAUGCCAGGAACCUGGCCUUGGUGUGGGCGCCAAACCUGCUCAGAUCCAAAGAAAUCGAAGCCACUGGGUGCAAUGGAGACGCGGCUUUCCUUGCAGUUCGGGUCCAGCAAGUGGUGAUUGAGUUCAUACUGAAUCAUGUGGAUCAAAUCUUUAACAACAGCACACCUGGGUCUUUGGAGAACAAUGAAAACCCGCCCAUCACCAAGAGCCUGACCUUGCCAGCCCUCUCCUUGCCCAUGAAGCUGGUAAGCCUAGAGGAAGCUCAGGCCCGGAGCCUGGCUACUAACCAUCCUGCUCGGAAGGAAAGGAGGGAGAAUAGCUUGCCUGAAAUUGUCCCUCCCAUGGGGACCCUCUUCCACACUGUUCUUGAGUUACCAGACAACAAAAGAAAGCUCUCCAGUAAAUCGAAGAAGUGGAAAUCAAUAUUUAACCUGGGACGUUCUGGAUCAGACUCCAAAUCAAAGCUGAGUAGAAACGGGAGUGUAUUUGUGAGAGGACAGAGGCUCUCAGUGGAAAAGGCUACUAUCCGACCGGCUAAAAGCAUGGACUCACUGUGCUCAGUGCCUGUGGAAGGGAAAGAAACCAAAGGGAAUUUCAAUCGAACGGUCACGACCGGUGGAUUCUUCAUCCCAGCGGCAAAAUUGCAUUCAACCAACACUGGCAGCUCAUGUGACCUCAGCAAGCAGGAGGGCGAAUGGGGCCAGGAGGGGAUGCCGGCGGGGGCGGAGGGGGGCUUUGACACGAGCAGUGACCGAAGCCAACUUCAGGGUGCCCAGGCCCGGCCUCCACCUGAGCAGCUGAAGGUGUUCCGGCCGCUCGAGGAUCCGGAGAGCGAGCAGACAGCCCCGAAGAUGCUGGGUAUGUUCUACACUUCGAACGACAGCCCCAGCAAAUCUGUCUUUACCAGCAGUCUCUUCCAGAUGGAGCCCUCUCCCCGCCACCAGCGCAAGGCCCUGAACAUCUCCGAGCCCUUCGCCGUGUCGGUUCCACUGCGCGUGUCGGCGGUCAUCAGCACCAACAGCACCCCGUGCAGAACACCCCCGAAGGAGCUCCAGUCGCUUUCCAGCCUGGAGGAGUUUUCUUUCCAGGGGUCAGAGAGUGGAGGUUGGCCUGAAGACGACAAGCCGCUGGGAGCUGAGACCUCUACAGCUUCCAUACCUAAGAAGGUGGUUCUCGAGGAUGCCAAGCCAGGACCAGAGGCAAUUAGGAUGGUGGAAUGCAACAAAGACCUCUCCCUGGAGCCAGGCCCCCAACAGGAGGAAAAGAAGGCCUCGGAAACCUCCCUGGGCUCUCAACAUUCAAGUGAAUUAGAGAAGAGGCUGGACCCGGAGAAAGCAGAGGAGGAGGGUCGAGAGGCUGGCCAGGUGGAGCCCAGCACUCUGCAGAAGAGCCCCAGUGUCCAAGCGGGGCUUCUCCAUGACAUGGAUGAAGAUGAUCUGGCCAAUGCCCUGAUCUGGCCCGAGAUUCAACAGGAGCUGAAGAUCAUCGAAUCUGAGGAGGAGCUCUCCUCAUUGCCACCACCUACUCUAAAGGUCAGCCCCACUCAGCCGAUCCUGGAGUCCAGUCCAGGGCCUUUCGCUUCCCAGGAGCCUCCUGGGAGCUGGUCUUGCGGCCCAACACCAGGCUCCACCCCUGCGGAGGAGGGGACUACGGAUCUAACCAAUCAGAGUGCAGAGGGGACUUCCCCGGCAGCCAAUAGGGAAAAGCUGGAGACAACAAGCAUCCUCCAGAGACCGGAGCCCGAGAAGCGUCCGGACCCCACCAGCUUGACUCCUCUGGAAAUUGUUCCAUUUGAGACGGCUUCCGCACAAGCAAAGGUGGACCAGGAAGGCCCAGGAAAUCUGUCCCCUCUUCUCCCGCUUGCUGCCCCUCCUCCAACUCCCCUGGAGGAGGCACCUCGAGUCCAGCUAUCAAAGGGCAGUCCUGAGAGAGAAGACUCAUCUAGGAAUUUGAGGACAAAUCCAUACACAGACCAGCUGAAGUCCAAGGGCAGCCCUGGGCCCCCCAGCCUGUGUCAGGAGGAGGAGGAGACCUCUCUAGGACAAAGUGAAGAGCAAAAUUCAAAGAAUGCUGCUCCUGAGGGAAAAGGCUCUGGUUUUCAAAGCCCAACAAGAGAGGUUGAGAUCUCCCCCCAAGGAGAGGGGGAUGUAGCCCAUGCAGUGCAGGAGCCCUCAGACUGUGAUGAAGACGAAACUGUGACGGACAUUGCCCAGCAGGGCCUGGAGAUGGUGGAGCCCUGGGAGGAGCCCCAGUGGGUAACGAGUCCCCUUCACUCUCCCACCCUGAAGGAUGUGCAAGAGGCCCAGGUGCAGGGCCCCCAGGGCCACCGACUGGAGAAGAGGCUCCCCCACAGGCCCAGCCUUCGUCAGAGCCGUUCUCUAGAUAGCAAAACCACCACGGUUGAGAGCCAGUGGACUCUUGAGGCUCCCUCCUCCAGCAGCUGUGCUAACCUUGAAGCAGAGAGGAAUUCCGACCCUCUGCAGCCCCUGGCACCCAGGAAAGAGAUUACUGGAUGGGAUGAGAAAACCCUGAGGUCCUUCAGAGAGUUCUCUGGCCCAGAAGGGACAGAGGCUGUUCCCAGCCAGAAGGGACCAGGUGGUUUGCAGCCCAAAUCAGCAGAAAUCAGCCCUGUCAGCCUAGCAGAGGGAAAGGAACUGGGGACACACCAAGGGCACAGCAGCCCUCAGAUUGAGCAAGGUAGUGUUCUUGGGCCAGACAAUAGCAAGGAGAGUUCACCUCGUGUGCAAGACAGCACCUCACGUGGAGAGCAUCCCCCAAAGUUACAGCUGAAGAGCCCUGAGUGUGGGCCUCCAAAAGGGAAAAAUAGGCCUUCUUCCCUCAAUUUGGACUCUGCCAGUCCCAUCACUGACCUCUUCCGGUUUGACAAUGUGGCCUCAUUUGUUUCACCUGGAAUGCAGCUCUCUGAGCCAGGAGACACAAAAGUCACAUGGAUGACCUCAUCCCACUGUAAAGGAGACCCGUGGAGCAUUUGCUCCCAGGACCCUCAGGACCUGGACAUUGUUGCUCAUGCCCUGACAGGCCGCCGUAACUCAGCUCCUGUGAGUGUGUCAGCUGUGAGAACCUCCUUCAUGGUCAAAAUGUGCCAGGCUAGGGCAGUCCCAGUCAUCCCACCCAAGAUUCAAUACACACAGAUCCCACAGCCCCUGCCCUCUCAGAGCUCAGGGGACAGUGGAGUCCAGCCUCUGGAGAGGAGCCAAGAGGAACCCAGCUCAACUGGUGAGACCUCACAGAAAUCUGCCAGAGAUGAUUCUCUCUCCUUGGAAAGCCCAAAAGAAGAGAAACCAAAGCAAGAUACAGGAGCCAUUGAGUCCUUGCCAAUGGAUACCACUACAUCCCACAUGUGUGAGGGACCCACCCUUCCUCCAGAACCAGUCUUGGCUAACCUGCUCUCCACCCAGGAUGCAACAGUGCAAUGCAGAAAGCGCACAUCAGAGACAGAGCCGUCCGGAGACAACCUUCUUUCUUCAAAAAUGGAGCGACCAUCAGGGGGUUCUAAACCUUUCCACAGGUCAAGGCCAGGAAGACCUCAGAGCCUAAUCUUAUUCAGUCCUCCUUUCCCCAUUAUGGACCACCCACCCCCUUCAUCCACAGUGACAGAUUCCAAGGUUCUCCUGUCCCCUAUCAGAAGUCCCACCCAGACAGUUUCCCCUGGCCUUCUUUGUGGGGAUUUGGCAGAAAACACGUGGGUCACACCAGAAGGGGUUACGCUUAGGAAUAAAAUGACCAUCCCUAAGAAUGGCCAAAGACUAGAGACCUCAACCAGCUGUUUUUACCAGCCCCAGCGCAGAUCAGUGAUUCUGGAUGGAAGAAGUGGGAGGCAAAUAGAAUGACAUCAGUUCACCUGCUGGUGUCAGGAAAAAAAAAAUGUCAUGAUUCAUCAUCUGGAAGUUAUUACAGGGCUGACUUGCCAUUAUCCCAGGCAUAGGUUAUCCAAGUUUGGGCUUAUUUUGGCCUCUUAUUUCUUCAGCUUUUUGACCAUUUAUUAAUUAGUCCAUUUGCCAGAAGAGAGGUCAAGGGAAGGACCAAUAGAUGAAAUUUAGAUAAGUCCAUAACAGCAGGUGGGAAAAAGUCAGGUAAGGGAAGAAGCUGAAAUGCCUGCUUCCAAUGAGAUUUGGGGUUGUUUGUGAGUUGCAUUUCUCCCAUAUUGUCAUUAUCUAUUACUGUUGAGAGCUGGCUAAAAUAACGUCUUUUGAAAGAAAGAGAAAUCCUUUGCCUGUGCUGGAAAAUGUUGCUGUUGAGGUUUGAAGGCCUCCUUUUUACUUCACGCUUUUUAAUGCUCCUUAAAGCAUGUGUUCUUUUAGACCAGAUUUCUGAUAAGUUUUGUAAAUGUGUACACUCCAGAAUAGAAGCAGAUUUGGAAGUACAAACUAAUGUACACUUAAAGAUCCAAGUGGGUGAAGUUACCCGUGCUCUUUCCCUGGAAUCUCUCUGCAGACCUGUCAGAGAUGGUUGUGUCUAUCAGCGUAGAAAAUCAGAAUCUAUACGCAAGAGCAAAUUCUGAGACUGGCAAAAUCUAAGAAGACUGGCUGUAGCUUUCGUUAAUUUGGGACUCUACUAUUAUCCUGACCUCUGAUUUAUAA